AAUCUCAAGAACAUCGGAAUUUCCGGAAUAGAAUAAUCUUCCGUGUUCGUCAACCACGUUUAUUACGAUGCGUAGAGUCACGUCUCCGUCGACGCCAUACCCCACUUUCGUUGCAUUAUUCAUGUCUCCUGACUACAUUCCAAAUUCGAAGACUUUUCAGAGGAUGUGAUGUUAUAGUGAUCAGUUCAAAAAUUACUUGACGCAAUGAAGAUGCGCUACAACAGUGGACUUACCUACACCGUUAUGUGGCUGUCGUUGGCUUGUCUGCUGUUCAGCCUCUCGCUACCAACUACGAUCACCGCCAAGCCGACCAUCGAUGAGAUUGGCACCAGGAUGACUAGCAAGAAUACUACAAAUGAGACGUACCCACUUAUCAUGUGUCCCUUAAUGAAAUGCCGCUGGGAUUUCGAAAUCGAUGCAGUCACCGGCUGUCAAACGUGCCGGGAUCCUUGUUCCGGCGUUGUCUGUCCAGAAAACGAGACAUGCGUGCCAAUCAUCGUGCAGUGUUUCGUAGCGCCGUGUCUCCCGAUGGGUUUCUGCGAGAAAAUCACAUCUUCAUCAAUAAUCUAAUCUGUAGGCGAAUCCUUACAGAUCACCGAUUCGCCACGGCUAUUUCUUUGCAACAUGUCAGAUAAAUCAAUUUGUCCGCUAAUGUAUAGCUGUCUGGUACAGAGUACCUUUAAUAAGAAUUAGGAAACUUUAUAUCGAUUUAUUUGUGUA